UUAGGUCUUGGUAUUGGUUUACCAAUGAGUAAAGUUUAUGCUGAAUAUUGGGGUGGUGGUUUAAACCUAUAUAGCAUGGAUGGUUAUGGUGUUGAUGCAUAUGUUAAAAUUACUAAAUUAGGAAAUCGAACAGAAAAUUUG